AUGUACGCCUACGUCAUCGGCUUCGUCCUGGAGGAAUCGGAGUCCCUGUGGAGGUUGAGCCUGAUCUGCGCCGUGGCGUGUGCCCCGAUAGCGCUCGUCAACCUCAUCCCCGAGAGUCCUCUGUACCACGUGAUAAGAGAUGACAAGAACGCAGCUCGGAGAUCGCUGGAGUGGUACCGAGGCGAGGAGUACAAAUUGGAGGACGAGCUGGAGGAGCUACACAUUUUGGCCAAGGCGAUGAAGUCUCCCCUGACCAGCCUCGACUUCCUGAAGAGGCGGAAGCUGCGACGAGCACUUCUCGUCUCGACCCUGGCCACUGCCGUGCAACAACUCUGCGGAGUGACUCCGUUCGUCACCCUGUCGUUGUUGUUCUUCGACAACAUGGAUUCGGGAGACAUGACGAGUGGAGACCAGACCCUGGUCGUAGGCGCGGUGCAGAUCCUGUCUAGCGUCCUAGCCAUCUUCCUGGUGGACCGACUGGGACGAAAAAUCCUGCUGACGGUGUCUUCGGCAGCCGUCGCACUCUGCCUCUGCCUCCUCGGGUUUUAUUACAAGUGGAGAGACGAGGACCCCCAGAUAUGCGACGACUACCCCUGGGCGUCGCCGCUGCUGGUCGUGCUCUUCUUCUUCUUCUUCAACCUCGGCCUAGGACCUAUUCCCUCGGCCAUGCUGGGAGACAGCUUCCCGGUCCAGGUUCGGCAAUCCUGUGCCAACAGAGUCGCCUUCUUCGGCCAUGGCAUCACCAUUCUGAUGAUGAUCCUCUGCGGCGUCGUCGUCAUCCAGCUCGGUCUGUCGCACCUCCUCUGGACCUACUGCGUCUUCACUUGGGCAGGCGCGGCGCUCUUCUGCGUCUUCGUCGAGGAAACUCGAGGAAGAUCUCUCCUGGACCUCCAAAGGGAGCAGGUCUUCGAGGUCCCGGAGACAUCCGAGGAAAAUGAGACCGCGGAAAUCUGAGAGCAUCGUUUCGAGCUACCGAAGGCCCUUCGUCGCGCUUUUCGUUUUGCCUUAUUAACGGCGCCAUCAGCUCUAGUGGA